AUGGAGAUUACAGAUGUAGCAGAGGAGUCAACCAUCACCUUCGGAUCAGAGGAUCUAAGAACGCUUAUGUACCCCCACGACGAUGCGCUGUUAAUCACAGCCGACAUAGCCAGUUGCAUUGUCCAUCGUGUUUUCGUAGAUUCGGGCAGCGCAGUGAAUAUUCUAUAUCUGGAGUGUCUCCAGAACAUGGGGAUCGAAGCCAACAUCGAGCCAACGAACGCUCCUUUAUUCGGAUUUGGGGGAGAAAUGGUUAUGCCAAUAGGGUUUGUGGAGUUGUCGCUAAGUCUUGGCUGGGCGGAUGCCAGCAAAACCAGGGGGAUACGAUUCUUGGUGGUGGAUAUGCCGAAACCAUCCUACAAUGUGAUACUCGGACGUCCUGCUUUGACGGCAUUCAGAGCAGUUAUCUCGACGUUCCACUUGAAGAUGAAAUUCCCCAUUGGAGGGGGAAGAGUGGGAGAAGUAUGGGGUGAUCAGAAAAUGUCUAAAGAAUGUCACGUGCGGAUGCUCACACAUUCGUCGGGGCAGAAAAGGGAAAGGUCAGCAGAGGGACCAGACACCCGGAAAAAAGGGAAGGUGGGCGAUGUUGCUGCUCCGGCAGAGGAACGGCGAGAGCUGACAGAAUUGCUAAAUGAUCGGGAUAACACAGAGAAAUCUGCCUUAAUAUCCACCAGUGAUGUUUGCAAUAUGAUUGAAUUAUUUCCAGGGCGAGAGGGAUUUCAGACCAAAAUCGGGUCCUCUAUGAACGAACAGAUCAGAGAGGAGCUAAUCUGCUGCCUUCAGAGAAAUGCGGAUGUGUUUGCCUUCAGCACAGCCGACUUAAAGGGUAUCGACAGAGGGCUGGCAGAACAUUGCCUCAAUCUGGAUACUAAUGUUAAACCGGUGAAACAAAGAACAAGACACUUUGGGGCCGAGAAAGACGCCGCAAUAAGAGAACAAGUACAUGGGCUCCUUGACGCGGGCCAUAUCACGGAAGUACAAUACCCGGAGUGGAUUUCGAACGCCGUAAUGGUGGCAAAGAAAACAAAUACUUGGCGAAUGUGCGUGGAUUAUAGGGACUUGAACGCUGCUUGUCCAAAGGACCAUUAUCCUUUGCCGAGGAUUGAUCAGCUCGUGGACUCUACCUCCGGUUGUGCGCUGCUAUCAAUGAUGGAUGCAUAUCAGGGUUAUCACCAGGUUAAAAUGCACAAAGGGGACAUUGCUAAAACAGCUUUCGUCGUCUGCUGUGGGGUUUUUGGCUGGAGGAGCAUGCCAUUCGGACUGAAAAAUACGGGGGCCACGUAUCAAAGGAUGAUGGAGAAAAUAUUCAAAGAACAACUUUCGAAGAACAUAUCAGUCUAUGUGGACGACAUGCUAGUGCGCAGUGUCAGAGCAGAGGAUCAUGUCUCUGACUUGGAGGAAGUUUUUACGGUCAUCAGAAAUCACCGGCUCAUGCUUAACCCGGCGAAAUGCACUUUUGGGGUCACUACGGGCAAAUUCUUGGGAUAUAAAGUUACUCCUGCAGGAAUCGAAGUUAACACGGAUAAGGUCAAAGCCAUCAUGGAUAUGACACCUCCCAGAGGGAUCAAGGAGGUACAGACUCUAAACGGGCGUAUCACUGCUCUGAGCAGGUUCAUCUCACGAUCAGCAGAACGGAGCUUGCCAUUUUUCAAGAUUCUGAGGAAGGGGACUAAGUUUCAAUGGACAGCGGAAUGCCGAACAGCCUUUGACGAUCUCAAGGCUUACUUAGCAGAGCUCCCAACUCUGACCAAGCCAGUGCCCGGGGAAAUAUUAUAUCUAUACAUAGCAGUAGGGGAAGAAUCGAUCAGCUCAGUACUUAUCAGAGAAGAGGGAAAUCAUCAGAGACCAAUUUACUUCGUCAGUAGGGUUAUCCAAGGCCCCGAACUAAAUUAUUCAGAAAUUGAAAAGGCUACUCUGGCAGUCAUGGUCACGGCUCGGAAAUUGAGGCCUUAUUUUUUAUCACAUCGGGUAGUGGUGCGAACUGCAUUACCCUUCAGACAAGUGUUGGGGCGGCCGGAUUUGUCAGGGAGGAUGGUGAAGUGGGCUGUGGAAUUAGGGGAAUAUGACGUGGAAUAUGAGCCAAGGAUGGCUAUCAAGGCGCAGGCCCUUGCGGACUUCAUUCAGGAAACUACUCGCCGUCCUUUUGCCAUCAAGUUUACUUGCAAAAUAUCCAACAACGAGGCUGAAUAUGAAGUCGUGGUCAGAGCGGCGCACAUUUUGUCAGAGCUGCGAGCUGAGUGUGUCAUCAUCAGAACUGAUUCACAGUUGGUGGCUCAACAAUCCUCAGGGGGCUAUCACAUUAAAGAAGAUUGGAUGCGGGCAUAUCAUAAUAAGAUCAAUGAAAUGAAGAAAAAAUUCAUGGAGUUCAAAAUCGAACAGAUUUCCCGGGAGGAAAACACCAAGGCAGAUUUAUUGGCGCGAGUCGCCAGCGCAGUGGAACAGACGUGGAGCGACGAGAUUACGCUGCUCUGUGACACCAGAGAAAUGGAGACUUCGCAGGUUGUUGUAGCAAACACACGGGAUUCAGGGAUCUCAUACGAAAAAUCAUCCGGGCAGGGUUCUACUGGCCAACCAUCACUAAGGAUGCCAGAGAGUUCGUUCGCAAAUGUGAGGCUUGUCAGCGGCAUGCGGGAAAAAUCAAUGUUCCGGGAGAAACCAUGGGAGUAA